GUUUGGGCAUAUAAGAAAGUCGCCCAAGAACCGGUAAACAUUUUCGUGCGAGACGAAGCGCGAGCAAGACCGAGUCGGAAAAUCGUGUCUCCUUCGCCGAUCGAGACCAUAGACGAAAAGAAACGCCCGCCGCCGCCACCGGAGAUCGUUGUUCUGAUCGUUCGCCGCCUAGCUCUUCUCAUCGACGGAGGUGAGGGAGUUCCUCGGCCUUUUGCGAGACCACUCCGGAUUACCAUGAGCGGAUGCCCCGAGCUUCUCUUGGAUCUCGGUGGCGGAUCCACUCCUCUCUUCUUCCCGAAUGGACGCUGCUUCUCGACCGGCCGUCGUCAUUGACAACGGAACUGGGUAUACCAAAAUGGGAUUUUCUGGUAAUGUUGAACCUUGCUUCAUCAUCCCUACUGUAGUAGCUGUCAACGAAUCCUUCUUGAAUCAAUCAGAGGGUGCUAAUAAGGAAAAUUGUCUAGCACAGUAUAAUGCGGGCAUAAUGGCUGAUCUUGAUUUUUUUAUUGGAGAGGAGGCUAUUUCGCUGUCUCGCUCCAGUGGCAUAUACAAUCUCAAUUACCCUAUACGUCAUGGGCUGGUUGAGAAUUGGGAUACGAUGGAAAAAUUUUGGCAGCAAUCCAUUUUUAAUUACCUGCAUUGUGAUCCUGAAGAGCAUUAUUUUCUUCUGACUAAGAGCCCAGUCAAUUCUCCUGAAGAUCGCGAAUAUGCAGGAGAAAUCAUGUUUGAGACAUUUAAUGUCCCUGGGCUGUAUAUUGCUGUCCAACCUGUUCUUGCUCUUUCUGCUGGAUAUGCAACUUCAAAGUCUGAAAUGACAGGGGUUGUAGUUGAUAUUGGAGAUGGGGCCACACAUAUUGUUCCAGUUGUGGAUGGUUAUGUGAUUGGGAGCAGCAUCAAAUCUUUCCCAAUUGCAGGAAAUGAUGUAACUCAGUUUGUUUUGCAACUUUUACGGGAAAGAGGAGAACUUAUACCACCAGAGGACUCUCUUGAUAUAGCCCGGAAGGUGAAAGAAAUGUAUUGUUACACUUGUUCAGACAUUGUGAAGGAGUAUAAUAAACAUGAUAAGAAACCUGAUAAGUACAUCAAGCAAUGGGCGGGCAUCAAACCCAAGACUGGGGCAUCAUACUUAUGUGACAUUGGAUAUGAGCGGUUCCUUGGACCUGAGGUAUUCUUUCAUCCUGAGAUCUAUAAUAGUGAUUUUACUACUUCUUUGCCUGAUAUGAUUGACCAGUGUGUUCAGUCAUCACCAAUUGAUACAAGGAGGGCUCUAUAUAAGAACAUAGUAUUAUCUGGAGGAUCAACCAUGUUCAAGGACUUCCAUAAAAGGUUGCAGCAGGAUUUGAAGAAGAUAGUGGAUGAUCGGAUUGAUGCAUCCAAUGCCCGACAUGGGGUGGAUAUAAAAUCUCAACCCGUGGAAGUUAAUGUAGUGAGCCAUCCUAUACAGAAAAUUGCAGUCUGGUUUGGAGGUUCUGCAGUUGCAUCUAUGCCGGAAUUUUAUGAGUCUUGUCACACAAAAGAAGAAUAUGAGGAAUAUGGAGCAAGCAUAUGCCGUACCAGCCCUAUCUUUAAAGGGAUGUACUAACGUUAGGGACUGCUUCUCACUCGACAAACUUACAGUUCAUUCAUUGGUCAGAGUUGCACAUAGCAUUUUGUUCCCAAUUGCAGUUCCAGCUUUUGUGGCUGGAUUACUGAUCAGAACUGGGUGGUCUUUUAGUUGUAUAAUAGAUGCUGUAACAAACCUUGGCUUUAAUGCUGCUGUUGAUUCAUGUCUGAAAAACGCCUGUUAAUGCCCCCAAAAUGGGAGCUGUCAUUUGUACGACAGACUGUAAAUUUUGGUCACUUUUUCCAGUGCAGAAAGAUUUUCAGGUGGAUGACAAUUUAUUCA